UAUAGAACAUGAACGUAUUACCAAGGAUGCCUCAGCGUUUAUUUAGCGGCCAAGUAUCUUGGCAGCGAAAAUGAAGACUUUUGGAAGGCAAAGGAAUUCUUUUAUUUGCUUUAGUCUUAUAUAGAUUCAUCGCCAGGAAUCAAGGAACAAAAAAAAAAAGCCGUGAAACGAUGUUUCGUAAACUGAAAAUAUUUUUUUCUGUAGCUUUGGUAAUCGGCGUAAUUUCGUUGGUGUUCUUCCUCUUUUAUUCUACCAAAACCCACUAUAAAAAAUUGAAUGAAACUACACAGUACAUUGCUAUUCUUGAGACCAAAUUUUCGACCCAAGGAAGUCGGCACAAAGUUGAAGAUAAACUAGAAGAUUAUAUUUCGAAUUUAAAGAAAAACAAUGAUAUUACCAGUGUAACUGUUCCUCCAUCGACGAAAACUAAAAAUGCCGUCGAGGUGAUUGCUACACCAAAUUCAAAGUCCGAAGAAAAUCUUUCUGCUACAGCAAAUGGAGGCGAUAAAGUCGACCAACUUAUACAAAAGUCUUUGGAAAAGAGUAAGCCUGAGCUUCAUAGCGAAGGAGAUGAACCAGUUGAUUCUACAGAUAGUUCUACUGAACAAACACCUACCAUCGAAGUAAACUCUGAACAAAAAACGCAAAGGACCGCACCGGUAACUUCUGCUGUUAAUCUAAAACCACCUUCCGAUGAAGAAGACGAGGACCUGGAUUUAUGCCCUGAAAAGCCGAAAUCGUUAACUGGGCCUCUAUAUGUGAAUCAAGUUAUACCAAAGAUGGAAGAGCUUGAAAAACAUUUAUCUGAAGCAUAUGGUGGUUGGGUAAAAAAAGGUGGAGCAUGGAGACCCACUAAUUGUAAAGCAAGAGUUAAGAUGGCACUUAUAGUACCAUUUAGAAAACGAUAUGAACAACUGGGAAUCUUUGUUCGACAUAUGCAUCCAAUGUUAAAGAGACAAGAAUUGGAUUACAGAAUAAUUAUAGUAGAACAGUCUGGAGCUACACCUUUUAACAGAGCAAUUCUCUUCAACAUUGGAUACAAAGAGUCUUUGAAAUUUAAAGACUUUGACUGUUUCAUUUUCCAUGAUGUUGAUCUUAUUCCAGAGGAUGAUCGUAAUAUGUAUACCUGCCCUACAUCUCCUCGGCAUAUGUCAGUAGCGGUUGAUAAAUUUAAUUACCAAUUGCCUUAUGCCUCUAUCUUUGGUGGGGCAGGAUCCUUCAGAAAGAAUCACUUUGAAGAAGUUAAUGGAUUUUCUAAUAAAUUUUGGGGAUGGGGAGGUGAAGAUGAUGAUCUUUAUCAGAGAAUUGUAGCCAAGGGACAUCAUCUUACAAGACCUUCCCUUCAAAUUGGACGCUACAAAAUGAUUAGGGUUCAUCACCAUCAAAGUUCUAAAGCCGACCCUAACAGUGGAGCUAAGUUACGCAACUCAAGAAUAAGGAUGAUGAAGGAUGGUCUCAACAGCCUCAAAUAUAAAGUGCUCAAAACAAAAGAAGAACCAAUGUAUACAAUGAUUACAGUUGAAGUCAAUCAAAGAUGGGUAUAAGUGCUUGCCUCUGCUUCAAAUACAAGCUUCAUCCAUCGUAAAGAAAACAAGUUCAAACACAUGCACAUAAUCAUAAUUACAUUCCAUGAACAAGCCAUUUCUUUGACAUGGGAAUGCAUGAAAAUAUUGUCUUUGAUAAAAAAACGCAUUUCUACACUACUUCUAAGGACUGCAUUUAAACAUUACCAGUAAACAAAGAAAUGAUACUCAAGAGAAUGAAACAAGGUUUGAAAUAAGGAUUAUGCCCAGAUUAAAAUCACAGGCCAAAAUCAGGUAGUGUGUGGCCAACCAGGAUCAAGCAAGGGUACAUGUAUGGUAACCAUCUUGGGGCUAUCAUCUCUCUCCAAAACUGUCAUAGGCCCAACCUACAAAGUUCUUGCCUCUACAAUCUGUGGCAUUUGUUUAUAUCAAUAAUCACAAACUUUAGGACAAUAUUUCGAAUUCUUUUUGUAUUUUUAAUGUCUCAUUUACAUUUUUCUAGUAAAAAGAUAAACACUGCUCAGACCUAGAGCUCCUUUUGUGCACCUCAGUUUUUUAAACUACCAUAGAAUAAGUACAUAGCAGGGUGACACUGGUUAUAUUAUGUGUGACGCAUGAUUUUGGCUAAAAUAAGUGCUUUAUAUGUGAAAAUAGCAAAAUGUAGACUAUGGUUUGUGAAUUCCAGGUUACUGUACAUGUGGUGUGACAUUCUUUUUUUGAAAUGUGUGUGAUUUGUGAAAUAAUCAAUUCAAUUUGGUGAUCCAUUUUUGUGUCAAAUUACAUGUGAUAUGUGAUUUUUAGAAACAUUAAAAAUUAUUAUGCAUGAAACAUGAUGCCAAAGCCCCUGUUCCACCGUGUUAUAGAAUAGAUUGCACAUGACUGUAAAAUAAAUACUCAUGAUAACGAUGUGUUGUGCCAUGCCUGGAUGUGCAGCAUCCUGAUUGAGCUCUGCAAUGAGCUUAACCAAUGUUCCCUGACUGUGUCGUGGCCAGCCACUUUUCACAGGCAUACAUAAGGGUAAAAUACAUUGCUCAUGGCCAACCAUCAGUGCUUUUGAAAGCAGUUUGUUCAGUGUCUGCAAACCACUGUACUUUUUUACUAUUCAAAUAUGUAUGUAGUUCCAGAAAAUAAACUGACAUUACCAAUGUUAAA